GUAGUUUAAUUUUUAUAGUAUUGCUUCCCCAAGCCAUCGAGAAUUUCGGACCCACGAUAUUUAGGAUAAAAGAAUGUCCAGCUACAAGCCGAUUGAUCUAUCGAAGGAGGACUUCCGGAAGUAUUUGGAUAGAAAGGGCGUACUCGACGCGAUGACCAAAGUGUUGGUAAAAUGCAACACCGACCGUCCGGAAAAUGCAAUCCAGUACGUAAUGGAAAAAUUAGGCGAAUCACAUGGCAGUAUCCAUACAGAGCUUCACAAAGCACACCAAGAGAUAGAGCGCCUGAAAAAUGAAAUAAGCCUGCUGCAGAUUGGUGAUAAGCAGCAAAAGACCGCAGACAAACCACCUGAAGCCGACACGACGCAGGAUGUGAAAAUCAAUAUAACUCCCCAAAGCUCCCCCGCACAGACUAAUGGUGAUGCUGAUGGAGGAGCGGUUGUGAAAGAAGAACUGGAAGUUCUGGAAAGCAUUACUCCGUCCAUAAAAACCGAACCGGCUGACGAAGUAGCGCCGAAAGAUGCGCAAGUGUCCUCCGCUAACGGGGUGCCGGAGACGGCCAGUGCGCCGAACGAUGAGGCUCCGGUAAAGAAGGAAAAUGCUGCCGAUGACAGCAAGUAAAUGUGCAAUUACUACACCUUCUCUAGGUUAGGAUUGUGUAGUGUCUUUCGAAUCGGGAAUUCGAAUACUUAGAACAUAGGCCUCCAAAAAGUGGAAUUAGGAAAAUUUAGCAAGCACCGGAAACUUGCGUCACCCGUCCAUUCAAAAACGUAAACCAAUCAAGGAAAAGAAAAACAUGUUUUCCUACCGCUUUAUGGAAGCUUUAUCAUUAUAACAACAAAGCUUAGUACAAUUGAAAGCAGGGAGAAGUCGCUCGGCUGAUUAUGGUAUUUAUUCCCUAGUAUUUAUGUGCGUCACCUCGUUUUACGAUCGUCAUCGUAUGCUUCGACAUGUUACUUACGUUUUUCGUUCAUCGUGAGCUUGAAAAUCAGUGCAGCUAUUGCACUACAUUUCUAGAAGAUAGGUUUGACCUUUCAUGCAAACAUUCCAGCCAGCAAUACAUUA